AUGUCAUCCGUAGCAGCCACAAUGAGAGGUCGACCGCGGAUCAUGGCAGUCGUUACACUGUUGUUUGGGAAAGUGGAGGGCGUUGCCAAAGUAUUGCGGGCCCUGGAAGCAGGGAAGCAGAAGCGCUUCCUGCACUACUAUGCCCCACGGACUGGCAAGACCUUUGUGCAAGCAGCGCUUGCUUUCUGGCUGAUGAAGCUUCGCAAAGAGCUGGGCUUUUCAUUGGUGGUCAUCAUCAAUGACCGGGAAUUCCUGGACACUCAGAGCUAUGAGGCCGUGCUCAGCUUCUUGGAGAACGUCAAGCAGGCCGGCAACCCUUGGCGCCUGGAGGACUCCGUACGCAUCGUGCAGGCAGAAACUUCGUCAGAGCUGAAGCAGGAGCUGGCUCUCUGCGAACAACGUUUAGCGCAGCAGAUUGACUGUCCGACCAUUCUGUUCACUACCUUCCAGAAGUUCAACACCUUGGAGCUCAUCCGCACCCAGGCGUCCAUGGAGUUGGCGGCAAAAACCUUGGUGAUGCCUGAUGAAGUGCACCGGAGUCACCAAGAAUUAGGCUCGCUCACCCUCUCCAUGGAGCGAGCUCUGGGUGCCUCCUAUUUCGUGGCGCUCACAGGCACUCCCAACACGCAAGCCUUGGAGCGCUUCGGCACCUUGGGAAGUGACGGCUUCCGCCGUCCCUUCCACUCCUACCAUCUGGGGCAGGCAGUUUCUGAUGGCCUUGUGAUGGACCCCCGGACUGAGUACAGCGAGGUCGUGUCGAUCAUCAGUGGCCUUGAUGACUCAAGUAUCACUGAGAAGGAGAAGGCGCGCCUGCAAACUCUCAUGGCGUCGUCAUCUGGGACUGCCGUGCGAAAAGCCCGUGUGGAGCUGGUGUUGAAGCACUUCGUAUCCACUUGCGGGUCAUUGAGCUACAGAGCACAAGGAAUAGUCCUCUGCAGCUCGCGAGAGGAGGUUCUCCAUGCCACAAGAUUGGCACGGUCCUUGGUGCGCGAGCAGCCACACUUGGACAUUGCGAGGGACGACAUCUUGGGAGCGUUCUCAGGAAGAGUGGAUGGGGAGACAGAGAAAGACCUCAAUGGUCACUACCUGAAGUCGGCAGCAGAAGCUAAACAGGCUAGAAUCCUUUUCGUCGCCCACAAGUUCGAGACCGGCUAUGACAAUUCAAACGUGACCUGUAUGUACGUCUUCCGAAAGAUAGAAGCCGGCACCCUCGCGGCGCAGGUGCUCCUGCGUCACUGCAGCAAGCGGGCCGGAAAGAUCAGACCCGUCACGAUCGACUUUGCAAAUCAGGACGGCCAGCUCCUGCAGGCCAUGGCAAUGUACUUCGGCGAGGUGAUGGCCUCCCCAGGUGGGGGCCUGGUCGCCGCCUCUGCGCGACGCCCCGGCCGGGACCAGCGUGGAGGCCAUGAAGCAUCCUCGAGUCGCAGAGCCAUCGAGCAGCACCUGCUGGGCAGGAUCCAGCUGGAGCGCUUGGAGGUGAAGACUCGGCCGGUGGCCACUCCUUUGAGGAUCUCUGCUUCGACCACCUUGGGCUUGUCUGCUGCCAGAGAGGGCAGACCACGCCAGGUCUCGGAGGUGGUACCCACUGACAACCAGACGGACCUGAUGCUGCUGAAGGUGUUGCCGGCAGGCCACGACUUCGGGGAGCAUGAGAAGGCCGCGCUGGCGCGCCUACAUGCAAAGGCAAUUACAGGACAUGCCAGUACUUUGAAGGCGCUGUCGAACGGCAGUGCCGUGGUAGCGAUGAAGAAGGUGCUGACAAACGGAACGCGGCCACACCAUGAGAAGGCCAAAGCUAUCCUACAAGAGCUUCAAAAGGUAGACGGCGAGGCAAAGAAAGUGUGCAACCUCUUAGACUGCCUUCAGAGCAUGGCAUCCAAGCCACCCCAGGAGUGUUUGGAUGCUGCCAGGUCGCUGCAGACCCUCGUGGCAGAGGAAGGGCUGCUGGAGGUGGCGGCAAAGCAGGGUGCCUGCGACAUCAGCCUGCAGGCGCUAACCAAGUUCGAUUCAUGGAGCCUCACAUUUUCAUUCCACGGUUUCGACUCGCCGUUCUUUGCCGGCCGGAAUGCAGCUUUCUUCCAGGAGAUCUGGCGCUUGCUCGCCCAACUGGGGCAGACAGAUUCCGCGGCUGCUGGAGCAGUGACCGCCCGAAGACAUCUCAAGGCCUUGGGCUCCUUCACUGGCUCCAAUGCCCGGACAUCGUCGCAGCUUCAGGGACUGGCAGACCUCGCGAAGGGAGAGCUUUUGCUGAAGGCUUUGCACAAAGACGGGGCUCUGGAGAGUUUGACUCGGGUGUUGGAGCAUGGCGACCUGGACGAGGUUAAGCUCGCUGAAAACAUCUUAGAACGCUUUGAGGACAUCUCCGACGACGCCUUCAGGCUUGGCCACACGCGUUUCUUCAUGUCGCAGCUGUUAACCCAAGCGACGUUCGACAGCACCGAUCGAGGAGUCAUUGAUGGGCUCUGCCAGCGUGGACUUCCACAGCAGGCUGCAUUCGGUUCCUUCUUCCACGCUCCGCGAAUCAGCGCGGAAGGCCACCGGUCAGUCGAAGUUCAAGCCGUUCAAGCCCUCAGCCUCACAGACACGCCACCCGCAAAGCGGCGCCUCUUCCCAGCCUGGUGUUGCUAUGCCUUGGCACUAGCGGCACAGCUCUCCGCUGCAGGAGGAGCUGAAGAGCGAAUAACGCCCGCCAUGGCCGUGCGAGAUUUGCCUACGCUGACGAACUUCUUGGAAGAGUACGAAGCCAAUGUGGUAGAUGGAACUGGUCAGACAGUGCUUCACUGGGCUGCCUCUGCAGGCAAGCCGGAAGCCAUCGACUACACCUUGGAUCAAGGUGCACUCGUCGACAAGCUGGACAGAGACGGUCGGUCGCCUCUGCACAUUGCAGCUCUGAGCGGGCACACGGAAGCUGUGCAGCUUCUUCUAGCUCGCCGUGCCGACCCCGCCGUCGGUGAUGGCUCAGGAGCCACUCCCCUGCAUAGAGCUGCUCUGGCGGGUGCUGCAGGUUGUGUAGCGGUCCUCGCCCAGUCCGCUCCCGGGCAGCUGGAUGUGGCCCAGCGCCGAACCGGCGGCACGGCGCUACAUGCAGCAGCCUAUUUGGGCCACGUCAAUGUCAUCGAGGAGCUCCUAAGAGCUGGCGCCUCGCCUUGUUCCAGAGAUCAUCAGGGCCGUUUGCCUCUGGACCGCUGGGUCGAAGAGGACCACGACGAGGUAGCGAAGAUAGCCGAGGAGCCUCCAGUGGUGGAUGACGCGAAUCGCAAAGCUGUCGUGUCCUUGCUCUGGACGGCGAGUCGUGCCUGCAAGUCUGGCACGACAGAAGCGCACGGCUUUCGUGAGCUCUGA